AUGGCACAGUCUGGAACCUAUGCCACCGACAGCCCCCACCCCACAGCAGGUCCAAGCAUAUUGAACGAGAUACACUAUGUUCUCAUUAGCGUAUCAGCUCUCACUGUCCUGAUGAUCAUCACAUUGUCUUUUGUGUGGCUGAGAAAGUAUCGUUCCUUAACAAGAACCAUCGAUCGUCUGCAGAGCGAUAAUCGAGCGGCUCACCCUUUACCUCCAGACCCUGAAGACUUCAGUCCCUGUGUCACAGAGACUGGUUCCCGUUUUAAUAAGGCAGAUCUCAGCCUCCAACAGCUCAUCAAGGCUGGGAGAGAGGGAACAAUUUAUAAGGCUAAAAUGAUAAAAGGAACCUGCAAAGGUCACUCCGUGUUUAUCUGCAAGGUCGCAAAACGUAGUGUCAGUCUCAAACGAAUGGACAGGGAGAUCUCCAUUAUGCGCAAGUUAGGAAGUCAUAAGAACAUACUACAGCUCCUGGACUGGGACAUCUGUGAGGCUCCAUAUACUCUGAUCAUGGAAUUUGUGGCUUAUGGAACCUUGCGAAGUUACCUUCAAGUGAAUCAAGACAGCCUGAGUAUGAACAGUGAUCUUCAGCACCUUUUUACUAUUUCAGCCUAUCACAUAGCGCAUGCCAUGGACCACCUGCGCUCCAAAAUGGUAGUGCAUUGUGAUUUGGCAUUAAGAAACAUUAUGGUGAACAGAUUUCCCAGUGAGGUUAAAGUGGCGGAGUUUGGACUGGCAAGAGACUUAACACGUAUGAGAAGCAGGCGCAGUAGCCGUAACAAAGAUUACAAGGAACGCGUUCCCCUGCGUUGGUAUCCCCCAGAGUAUUUUAGGAACGACCAUUACGGGUUUAAAGGGGAUGUCUGGGCAUUUGGAAUCGUGAUGUGGGAGAUGCAAACAUUCGGUCUCUUGCCAUAUCCUGACCUGGAUUCCACAGAGAAGGUUGUGCAGCAGGUCUGUGCCGGACACAGAAACGCAGAGCCGGAUGGAUGUAGGCCAGAAAUCUGGCAGAUGAUGACAGACUGCUGGCAAGAGCCAUAUUCUAUGAGGCCUUCCUUCAAAGACAUCGUCAGAGUUUUUGAGAAUAUUCUGGAAAAUGAUAUGGACUAUGUGGAUGUAGACAACUCGAGGCUCCUGGCAAAACUAGAAGCUGAAAACUGA